AUGCUGUCUGAAACUAUUUGGUCUAGUGGACAUAAUUCCCCAAUUCAGAAUAACCUUCUGUUGGCAUCUACCACAACUAAUAAUACUUCUCAAUAUAAAUCAGUAAUUGAUCAAGUUGAUCCAGAUGUAAUUCGAUUAUUCGCCAAUUCAAAUUCAUUUGAUCCGUUAUCCUCGUCAACAGGACCAGGAACAACAGGACAUACUUCUGGAUUAACUUCGGGUACAGAUAGAAGAUUAUCAUUUAAUGAUGGUAGUGACAUUAUUGAAAGUGAUUUUUUUGGAUUUAAACGUGGUGCCUUAUCAGCAAUUACCGCACCUGUAGUUGGGAAUGGAAAUAAUGGUCGUCAUCAUAAUCAAGUGACAAAUAAAAAUUUUGGAACUGCUUCUAUUAGUGGAGGUAUUGCUAAUAGACAUCCACCUCAAGAUAGUUUUUUACAAAAAUUUUCUAGUGUUGCUGAUGCCACAAGAGAAAUUGAAUUGGGUAGAUUAUCAUUAGAUGACAGAAAUAAUGGUAAUAAUCAAGUUUCCAGUGUUAAUGAAAUCAAAAUGGUUAAUACUAGUGCAUUCACUUCACCUCAUGGAUCUUUGAAUGAAAAUUUGAAUAUGCCAGUACCAACAAGAGGAGGAUCAAGACAUCAGUCAAUAAGUGAAAAAAUUGAUAAUUAUAAUAAUAAUUCACCCAUUCAAACAGCUGCAGCAUUAUCGAUAAAUUCUGAUUUAAAUUCUGACACUGUGAAUAUUAACAGCACCACAACUAAUAGUAAUCACGAUGCCACUAAAAAUCAAGGAAAUUAUUCUCAUAAUUUUUGGAAUCCAGCAGCUGCUACUUCAUUUACUCCUGUAGGAGCAAUACCAACACCUAAUUAUUUUAUUGAUGCUAAUGGAUUACCUAUACCUCCAUUACCAAUGCCACCUCAAGGAUUUUAUCCACCUCGUGGUGGUAAUGCUUCUAAUUCUGGUGGAGCUAAUUCUAUUAGUCCUCCACCUCCAUUUAUGAUUCCAUCGCCCCCACCUCCAUUUUUGGACCCAAGUGUAUAUAGUAUGAUGUAUGGUGGUAAUUUCCCUCCUCCUCCACCUCCACCACCAUCACAACAACAACAACAACAACAACCAUCACAGCAACAGCAACCAUCACAUUCUAACCAAGACAAAAAGGCAAAUGAAACUAAUUCCAAAUCAAAAGAAACCAAAUAUUCUGAUACAGAAUCUCAUGAAGAAGAUAAUGAGAAACAAGAUAAUUAUCAUGGCCCUGGCCCCGUACCAGGUCCAGGUCCAGGUCCAGGUCCAAUUGGUGUCGGUCUUAUGAAUCGUCAAUUUUCACCUGCUUCAUUUAUGUUUCAUCCAUUUAAUCCUUAUUCUAUGUAUCAACUGUCACCACCAUUAGUCCCACCUGAAGCAGCUUUAGGAGGAAUGGCCUCACCUCCUCCUCCUCCACCAUUACCACAACAACAGCAACCACAACAACAGUCAGCACCAUCUUCCCAAGGUAAAUCUACAUCAGGCGUUUCUGGUUCUUCUACAUCUACCUCAACAUCACAUCAUUCACAAUCAAAACAUCAUCAUCAUCAUAACAACAACAACAAUAAUAAUAAUAAUAGUAGUAGUAGUGGCAGCACUCCUGGUGUUGGAUCAAAGAGGAAAGGUAAUUUCAAAGGUAAAAACAAUACUACUAAUGGUGGUGGAAAUCAUAUUUAUCGUUCCCCUUUAUUGGAAGAAGUACGUUCUAAUCCUAAACCAUAUCAAUUGAAAGAUAUUUAUGGUCAUGCAAUUGAAUUUACUAAAGAUCAACAUGGAUCAAGAUUUAUUCAACAAAAAUUACCCGAAGCUACUGAAGAAGAAAAAGAAACUAUUUUCAAUGAAAUUUGGGAGAUCUCAUAUGAAUUAAUGACCGAUGUUUUUGGGAAUUAUGUUAUUCAAAAAUAUUUUGAAUAUGGUACUACUACUCAAAAACAAGUUUUACUUGAAAGUAUGAUUGGGCAUAUACAUGAAUUAUCAUUACAAAUGUAUGGAUGUCGAGUAGUACAACGAGCAUUAGAAGCCAUUGACAAUGAAGGACAAUUGAGAAUCAUUGAAGAAUUGAAAGAUCAUAUUUUAAUUUGUUGUAAAGAUCAAAAUGGGAAUCAUGUUAUACAAAAAUCAAUUGAAAAAAUUAAACCAUUUUCACAAAUUAGAUAUAUUUUAACCAGUCUAGAUAAUCAGAUUUAUCAUUUAUCUACUCAUCCUUAUGGAUGUAGAGUGAUUCAAAGAUUAUUAGAAUAUUCUGAUAUUGAUGAUCAAAAAUUGAUUUUAUCUCAAUUAAAUAAUUUUCUUUAUUAUUUAAUUUUAGAUCAAUAUGGUAAUUAUGUUAUUCAACAUAUUUUAGAAAAUGGUACUCAAGAAGAAAAAGAACCAAUUUUAGAAAUUGUUUUAGGUUCAGUUGUACAAUUUUCAAAACAUAAAUUUGCUUCAAAUGUUAUUGAAAAAUGUAUUAAAUUUGGUGAUAUAAAUCAACGGAAAAGAAUUUUACAUGAAGUUAUGCUUGGUAAUGAAACCAUUUUGGGUGAUGAUGAUAUUGAUGGUGAACCAGUUAAAGAAGAUUCACCAUUGGCAUUAAUGGUGAAAGAUCAAUUUGGUAAUUAUGUUAUUCAAAAAUUGGUGGAAGCAUUUGAUGGUGAUGAAAGAAAAUUAUUAAUUAUUAAAAUCAAAAAAUGUUUAAGUUUAUCAAGUAAUAAUUUGGCCAGUAUUCGUAAUAUUAGAAAUAUUAUUGAUCAUGUUAGUGAAUCAAAUCUGGAUUUAAAAGUUGAAUCGUAA